UAUUUGCUGCAUGGUGUCAACAUGGCUGCGUUCUUAUGUCGAAUAUGUCAAACUCGAAAAUGGGUCAAUCCAGUUUUAAUUACCCAGGUUCGCUACAAAUUCAAAACACAGCGGCCCAAACAGCAAAUAAUGGAAAAACGCAUUUUCGAAGAGAUUAUGGCGCCAUUAUAUGACAAAGAAAGAAUUCCAUACAAGUCUUGUGCAGACCUACAGAGACGGAGAAUGGAAGAAGAACAGGUACAUGAUCAACCCGAGAAUAUCCUUCAGACAAAGUACGAGGCAUUCCUGCUGCGACGUCUACAGGUGUUGAUAGAUAACAGCAAAAUGAUGCUCAUAUGCCAACGACCUUCAGCUCCCUCAUACAGAGUACAUGAUAUCAGGAUAGAUUUGAAACUUGCUGGGUUUACAUUUCAAAUCUUGAGCAACAAACACAUGAAGCAACUGACUCAGGGAACAAAACUAGAAAACCUGGCUCCACUUCUGACGAGUAAUAACAUACUGAUCACGUCUCCUAAUGUCGCCAUCCAUGAAUUUAUGAAAGCAACCAAGAAGAUGCCGGAAAUCAUAUUGUUAGGUGGAUUUGUAGGAGACAGACUGGUUACUAAAGACCAGAUGGUAGAAUUCAAUAAUCUCCCAAAUAUAGACCAACUUCAAGGACAAUUGUAUGCCAGUCUGAAUCAAGUGGGUGGGGCAAGAACAUUGUCGUUGCUAAGCUCCCACCAACAACAACUGACAUCGAAUCUGCAACAGUAUCACAAACAGAAAUCAGAGGAUAGUGAUGUGUAAAUAAGAGCGGAUUUUAAUGAUUUAAACUGGAAAUCUAAGGAAUUUAGAAAUUUGUGAACACUUUAUGAAGACAGAUGAUGACCACUUUAUACACAUGAUUGAAACUCAAAUCAGAAUGAAUCAGUAAAGACUAAUAACAUUAUGUAAGGGUGUUACAAUUUGAAUACAUAAAUCAUUUAACAUUUUCUGAUAAUAGCUGUGUUUACCUGUAAUAACUUUUAUACGAAUUUAUGUUUGUUAAAAAAAGAAAGAUAUAAAAUAUAAUACAAAUUUGCAUAGCCGGUAACAAAUAUCGUAUAUAUAUAUCCAAGCUCCUGGAUUUGAAAUUUGCGAAAGAUUUAAAGCUUAUGUCUAGAAUAUACAGGUGUUCAAAUGUUUAAAUAGUUGACCCCUAAUACGAUAUGUUGUAUUUUCAUGUGUCAACAGAGAUGAUGGCGUUCAGGGUCUUUUUUGAAAUUAGGAGUGAGAGCCUUCAAAUUCAGACUGUCCAAGCUGUAAAUGUUGUAGGAUGUUUUUACAUGUCUGUGAUCCUUCCAGAUAACUGAGAAAAGUGAUCGAACAAGCAUGUUAGGUGUUACCAAUGUAUUGGUUUACAAGUGAUAACAAUGUUGUGAAAAGAAUAGAAAACAAUCAGGAAUUUAAAAUGGAAAGAAAAAUACCAAGUAUUGGUUCUUCAAAGGUCUCGUCUGUAAAGUUUUGUAGGCUGUAUGAAUAUACAUGUGUUAAGAAUUGUUCUUUUACUGUGUCCAUUGGAAUAAAAAAAGUUUUGAAAAUUC